AUGACCUCGAGAGCGCCCGCCAAGAGCGAGAGCGAUAAGUACGGGUGUGCGCACCGUGUAGGGGGAGCCCUGCAUCCGGAGCUCGAAGGCGAUUUGGAGGCUGGCAGGCGCGCGCGAAGGAUGGGCCUUCAGAAAUUGCAGGAGCUCCGUGCAGGUGGCGCACGCCUUCUCAGGGGUGUCCAUGACGCGCGGUCGCAGUUCCUUCGCGGUGUGCAGGCGAUCUCGAUCAGCGGCGGCACUCACCCGAGCCCGGCGGCUGGACUAAACGGCGGUCGACUCACCAUGAUGGCUGGUCACGAGUCCAUGCGGAUGUUCUCUGCAGAGUCGCUAGAAGCGAGCGGCCCAGUGGGCUAA